AUGUCUGCGCAGCAUGAAACCAUACCAAGCGAUGCCAUUUACGGCCCUGGAACUUUUAUGGACAAAGACUUCAUUCCAGCUCCCCGGGAUGCCGCUCGCAUCCUUCAAUAUAUUGCCAAGCGCACUCCUGGAUUCACAAAAAACCCAGAACUUUUGAACACAGUCAAGUUCGAGGGCACAGAACUCCCCGUCAUUCCAGGUCCAUUCAAGGCUCCGCUCGUUGCAGCCGCUGUGCAUGCUAUGUGCGGCUUAGUCGCACACGAGAUUGUUGAAGAUCGCGACGGAACGCCAGCCGUCAGCCAACAGGUCUCAGUCAACACCGAUCACGCCGCUAUCUGGCUGGGGACUAUUUACGCUGGUUCAGUGGAGGGAAAGAGCAUCGAUGAGCUAGGCCGAGCAGGCCAGCUAUCCGCGCUUUUCAAGAAAGAUUUCCAACAGGGCUGGAUGGGUACAGCCGUCAACAAUCGAUCUACCGCCAUCUACAAAACCAAGACCCCAGGCGUCUGGUACCAACUUCAUGGCUCUCUUGACGCCAGCCCAGUCCUACGCUCAAUGGGCAUGGACCCUGAUUACCCGGCCAAGGACUUGGACGAUGCCUACCAGUACAUUAGCCGCCAUGUGGAGCAAUGGACGGCAGAUGAGUUGGAAAUGCACAACGUCAAGAAUGGUUUCUGCGGCAGCAUCUGCUUUACACCCAAGGGUUGGUCGGAGACUUUGAUGGGAAAGAGAUUGGCAGAGCACCCCCUGGUCGGUUAUUCUCGGCAAUCCCACGCUAUUCCUACCCCUCCUGUGCCAUCACCUAAGUUUGCCGAUGAUCGACGCCCCUUGGCUGGCGUGAAGGUAGUGGAGCUCGUUCGAAUUAUCGCCGGCCCUGUGAUUGGAUGUACUUUGGCUGCUCUCGGUGCCGACGUCAUUCGCGUGAACUGCAGUCGAUUGGUGGAUCUCAAUGCUCUGCAGUUGACUUUGAACACAGGCAAGCGCACAAUUGACAUUGAUCUGACUAAGGAGGCAGACAAGUCACGCUUGCGCGAACUCAUUCAGGGCGCUGAUGUCUUCGUCCAAGGUUUCCGUCCCAACGCCAUUGCGAGAAAGGGAUUCGGAGUCAAUGACCUUCUUGAGAUGGCCGGAAACCGUGGCAAGGGAAUAAUCUACGCCGAGGAGAACUGCUAUGGCCCCGAUGGGCCAUACCAUGAAAGACCUGGCUGGCAGCAGAUUGGAGACGCCGCUUCAGGUUCAUCACACGUGAUGGGUCGAUCUCUGGGCUUCAAUGACGGCACCAGUGUGCUUCCUCCGCUUCCCAUCUCCGAUAUGACAACCGGCUUAGUGGGUGCUUUGGGUAUACUUCUGGCCCUCCGUGACCGCGCUCGCCACGGUGGCUCAUACCGCGUGACCAGCUCCUUGGUGAAGGCCGAUGCCAUUGCACUGGAACCCGAGAUCGGUCUGUACUCCCCCGAGGUCGUCGAAAAGAGCAAACAGCUGUUCAAGUGGGGUCAUAUCGGCCCUGAGCAGUUCGUGCUGGAGAUUCUCACGGUUGUCAUGGAUGGAUGGAAAAGGGGCUUCCCACAAUACUUCGAGUCUGGUCCCCAGUCGCUCAUGACAAAGUUCCAGGAAAGUCCUUUCGGGCAGAUGGAAAACCUUAAGCCUGUCGUUCAAUUGAGUGAUUCCAGUGUGACGCCUCGCUGGUUGACCUCAUCGGUUCCAUUCUGUCACCAUCCCCAGGAUAUAGAAUGGCUUUAG